AUGGAGCCUCAGCUUUCUCGAAGAUCUUCUGCGUCAAUUUCUGGAUCUUCAUGCAAUACUUCGUUUGAGCAUAUCCUUAUGCAUCCUUCUGAAUUUAGAAACUCAUAUCAGAUCCGCACAAGCCAAAGUCUGUCAUCAAUUAAUAACGAUCCUGAAUCGUCAUUUAUAGGGAGUGUAUAUAACUUGGUAUCAAAAACGUUGACAAUUAAUCCUGAUCCUAGUCCUUUUUUGGAAGAAGUUAGUGAAGAAGAGUUUCAGCCUUAUCUAAAUAAAAUUAUGCCACUUUUGCAUGAGAAGAUGGAACAGGAUAGCUUGGGGAUAACAAGUAGGCUGGAAGAAUAUACGCCUGAAAAAUGCUAUGAACUUGUACCUGAAGAAUUUUUUGAUCCCAAAUUUCGAGCUGAAAGGCAUUUGGAGGAAAGAUCAAUAGACUACCAAGAAACUUUAAUAUCCCUUUUAGAUAUGGCAGAUGUCUCGAUUUUUCACAAAAUAUCAGACAGAUGAGAAGAAUUUAUGAACGCUGCUGACAACUUGCAAGGCCUAAACUCUCAGGUAACCGACAUGAUACAAAGUUUAGAAUCAAUCUUCCAAGCCAAUGAACAAUUGCUAAAAAACUUGUUAAUUAAGUCAAUAAAAGCAUAUAGACUACAACGCAGGCUUGAAAAUAUCAAGAAAGUUGAAGAAAGAAUCGGCCUAAUUGCAGUUGUAAAAGAAACUCAGCCAACAGUCCAACAGUUAUUAAGUAUUGCGCAGUAUUCAUCAGCUACACAAUUAAUUAUUAAAACACAGCAGACUUUAAAUAGCAAGCUAAAAGGAGUUAAAGCAGUAAGGCACCAAGAGCAGACGCUUACUUCUCUUUAAAUUUGAACAAAAUAUCGUGACCUUUAAAUUAGAUUUUUUCAAUAGAGAAAAUUUUAUAGGUCAAACUAAUUUUUAUAAAAUAAGAUUUUGUCCUAAUUUAAUGCAAGAAGAAUUUUAUUUAAACAUUUCCAUACUGAAUCGAUUCAUAAGAUAAAUUAAAUUCAAAUAUUGCGUUAAUUUAUUAUAAAAAAAAUUAGCCUCUCUUUAAAAUGAAUAGGAUUUUUUCAAUGUGAGCUGGGAAGUUAAUGAAAUAAAACAGCUAGUAGAUAAGCUGCUUGAUGAUGAAUUUCAACAUGUGAUUAUUGAAGAUAUACUCUUAUUAAAGAGCUCGACGUCCUUGAGGCUGUCGGCUCAACCAUAUGAGACUUAUGCAGGGGAGCAAACGGUCAUCUUCGACGACUUCCAUGUGAUCAGGCUCCAAGGAAAGCCUUUCAAGCAUGGCUUCAAUGUUUGCACACACGUAUCUCUUAACAAUUACACUUCUUCUUACUCUUGGCAAUUGUGCACUGGAAGCAGCAGUCAUGUGCGAAUUUAGAAUUCUUAUCUGCACCAUGGUGCCCCCUCUAGAAAUUUGGUUUUCCUGGGUUUCUCUUCUUUCUGGGUGGAACACAGAGUUGUCAGGCUCAUAAAAGCACGCAAUAGUUUUCAAAUAGCUCUUUCCAAGCCUCCUACAUUUAUUGUUACGGCGUAAAGAGUAUCGUCGGGUUAUGUGCAAGCGCUAUUUGCAGGUAAUCGUCUCGCUUGCCCUUGCACUUAGCUGGAGGCAGCUGAACUUGCGAUCUGAGAGGCAGUGGAGUUGUUGAGAUAUAGGUUGAUGCCAAAAAACUAAUUGAUGCAAGUUGGAAUUCAGGCAAAAAUAUUCGAUGUGUUGAAGCAAAGCGUAAAGGCUGGCCUUAUUAUGAUUUCCAAGAGCUUGACACAACGGGAUCUAAGUAUUUAACACUUCUUGCAAAGUAUUAUUUCGAUCUGAUCGGGACAUUUUUUAGCUAUAAGCCAUUUUAGCAUGUCAAUUUUGCAUAGAUAAGGCGCGAUUUUAUUUUCUCAAUUUAUCCCAGAUAUAAAAUUGCUAUUUUUUCGAAAUUUUUUUUAAUUUUAAAACCCCUUGAAGAGGAAGCCUAUAAAUUAAUAAGUUUAUUAAAAUCUAUCUAGCUCCCUUUCAGAAUUUCUUCCAUCAAAUAUCUUUAUAAUUCUAUUUUCAUCGAAAUUUUUAGAUAGCUAAAAAAGCUUCUCCAUAAUUUAUUUGUUUCUAAGCAGUCCAUUUUCCCAACUACUCAGAGAAUAUGCUUCGAUCUUGUAAAAGCAACAUUUAAUCUUUUUUCGUCAGAUAUAAAAGCAUAGGGUGGUUUUGUUGCUACUGACGAAUAAAUUAUAGCGUCCUUUUCAUUUCCUUGAAAGCCAUCAACUGUUUGAAUGGCAAUAUUUUUAUUAUUUGGGUCAUCUUGAGAAAAAUAUUUUUUCAGUUCUUGUUCUUGAGCUUUAUAAGGUUUUAUAAUCCCAACUUCAAUGCUUGGAUUUAAAUUCUGAAGUUUUUGGACUAAAACUUUUAUGAGCCUGAUUUCUUGGAUCAAGUAGAUACUCGAUAAGACUGAAGUCAUCAAGUAAUGGUAAGAUUGCGAACUCUCUGCUCUCACUUGAAAAUUGGCCGAUUGAUAUCAUUCUUCAUUCUUUUAUAUUUUCUUUCAUAAGGGUUUUUUCAAUUUUAAAACCUAUUCCUCCACUGUAGUGACCUCUUGAUAUCCCAAUAAAACUAUAUGGAAUUUCUUUAGAAAAAUCCAUGUCAUAGUACCUUUUAAGAAAAAUAGUUAUUUCAUUUUUUUCGACAUUUAAAAUCAUUUGGACGAUCAAUAUGAUAGUUUCCUUCAAUAUCUUUUUUAAUAUUUACAGUUUUGAUAAAAUUUUGAUUUUCAUAGCAUCUUUGCAAAUGGAUUUAGAAAAUUCGUGCAAAAAUGAAUCAAGCAGUCAAUUUCGGUACUCUUCUAUGUUAUUAAAUAUUCUGGGACUCUGACUUCUCUUAUCCAAUUCAUAAAAAUAUCUCAAGUCGAAAGACAUUAUAUAUUCUUCAAAAGAUUUAUUCGAAUCUUUUAUUAGAUUUAGCUGCUCCUUUAGGCUUCUGCAUCCUUUUGAUGAUAAAGCAUUAGGGUUUGCAUCUUCUCUAUCUCUUUUUUGAAGCUUCUGAGGCAUUGGAUCGUAAGAGAAGGCAGGGAUCCACUCUAAAGAUCGAGAUGAGCUGGUGAGAACAUAAUCCACCCAGAAGUUUUGCUAUUCAAUUUUUUCUUUGAUUUCCUUUUAUGCUUUAAAUUCAAUGAAUCUUCUUGAAGUGUUGAGUGAAAUACUUUCAGUCUUUCUUCCAUCAUAAAUUGCUGAUUUUUCAUUUUAAUUAAAUUAUAAGAACCUUUACCGCAAGAUGAAUCCUUCGAAAAUUCACAUCUUUCUAUGUUUUCUAUGUGUUUUUUAAAAUAAAAAUUAAGCCCCAAAUUCUGUUUUAAUAAAAUGGCAUUAUUUAUAUAUGAAGUAUAUUGAAAGUAUUUUCUGGUUUUCUCAAAUGUUUGAUGCGACCUAUAAGAAAUAUUGCUAAAGCAAAUAGAGAAUGAAUAGGCACAUCUAAGUGUAAUCUUAGAUUUUUGCACUUCUUCGUCUAUUGAAAAAUAUCCUUCAUAUAGUGAUUUAAAUAUUUAAAAUAAUUCAAAAAUUUAGUUAUUCAUUAUCUGCUUAAUUAAUGAGGGUAAGGCUUUUAAGUUUAUUCUUUCGAAGCUUCCAGACUAUUUUGAGUUUAAACAAAUGAGGCAGACCUCAAGAUCCUUUAAACUAAUACACUUUUGUAAAUAAUAGUUUGUCAAAAGUAAUUGGAUCUUCGCUCCAACUAUUAAAGCAGAUAAUCCUUUGCUUAUUAGCAUUGCAAUAAAUAUGGUGCUUUUGCAGUCCAAGCUGAUCCAUAACCAAAAAUAAGUGAAGCUCUUCAUUGAUUUUUAUAUCUUUUAUCCUUGUUCCAAGAUUCUUCGAAUUAAGUUUUGCAAUUUUUUUCACUCCGCAAAAGCUCAUUGUAUCUCUAACUUUCAGCUUAGGAAUUUUCAAUAGAUCUUUGCUAAUAGGUAUUCCUAUUCCAAUACAAGCUGUAAUGAGGCACAUUCCUUACAACUUAGUUCUCCUGGACUCUGAAUAGGCUUUUCUCUCAAGCUCAGUAUUUUUUCGUUAUUUUCUUCAGCCCAAUUAAAUAUCAUAGGCUUUCUAAAAUUCGUUCUUUCAGGGGACAAAAAAAUAUUGUGAGAAAUUUGUAAAUAAAGGUGAAUUAUCAUGCCAAGGGUUCAGACUUUUAGGCUAAUAAAUUUCAAGCAGAAUUUAUAUUUUCCACAAAAAUUAGAAUCAUUAUUAUCAUCAUAUAUUUCAAUAUUUUUAAGCUGUCUCUGGAAUAAAUUUGCAUAUUCUUCUAAAAUUUUCUUUAUAUAUUGAUACUGCUGUAUAAUUGAUAUCAUUUGCGUCUAAUUCAUUAAUCUUUAAUAUUGCUGAAAUGAUCUGGUCCAUAUCAACAAGCUUCUUACAGAGUAAGCAAUUUGAAUUUUUAAAUUUCAGACAUUUUUGGCUUGCUAAAAUGGCUUAUAGCUAAAAAAUGUCCCGAUCAGAUCGAAAUAAUACUUUGCAAGAAGUAUUAAAUACUUAGAUCCCGUUGUGUCAAGCUCUUGGAAAUCAUAAUAAGGCCAGCCUUUACGCUUUGCUUCAACACAUCGAAUAUUUUUGCCUGAAUUCCAACUUGCAUCAAUUAGUUUUUUUGGCAUCAACCUAUAUCUCAACAACUCCACUGCCUCUCAGAUCGCAAGUUCAGCUGCCUCCAGCUAAGUGCAAGGGCAAGCGAGACGAUUACCUGCAAAUAGCGCUUGCACAUAACCCGACGAUACUCUUUACGCCGUAACAAUAAAUGUAGGAGGCUUGGAAAGAGCUAUUUGAAAACUAUUGCGUGCUUUUAUGAGCCUGACAACUCUGCGUUCCACCCAGAAAGAAGAGAAACCCAGGAAAACCAAAUUUCUAGAGGGGGCACCAUGGUGCAGAUAAGAAUUCUAAAUUCGCACAUGACUGCUGCUUCCAGUGCACAAUUGCCAAGAGUAAGAAGAAGUGUAAUUGUUAAGAGAUACGUGUGUGCAAACAUUGAAGCCAUGCUUGAAAGGCUUUCCUUGGAGCCUGAUCACAUGGAAGUCGUCGAAGAUGACCGUUUGCUCCCCUGCAUAAGUCUCAUAUGGUUGAGCCGACAGCCUCAAGGACGUCGAGCUCUUUAAUAAGAGUAUAUUCUAAAUAAAGUGUUUGAGCAGACAGAUAAACUUGUGAAAAUGUUGAAAAGCUCGCAGGGGGAAGAUAAUUUGGCAAAACUUAUUCCAAAGGAUUUGGAUAAGCUCAGGCUGGAAAGUUUAGUUGAUAAUAAAAUACACUCUGGGACUUUACAGCAGAGCUUGGAAACAUUGACUGAUUUGCUAGUUAAAGAUAUGAAAAUAAACGGGCCAUAAUUUAUAUGAUAUACAAUUUGUGCAUAAUACUACAUAUUAUUGUGAUAUAUAAAGAAAUUUAUUUAUAAUUUGUCAAUUUUUUAUAUAAUUCCAAUUUUUAGUUUCAUUAUUUUAAAAUGUGCAAAAUCGACUGAGCCAAAUAAAUCUAGUCAAACUUAUAGGUCAGCUAGGAGUAAUAAAAACUGACGAAUCCUCAAAAUGGCUAAAUAUCAGCCACCCUCAUCUUUUAAUUGUUUUCAAAGCUUUUUAUUACGUUUUUCAAGCAACUCUACAACGUUUAAGUAUUUUUGGAACAAUUGUCCUAAACAAAUUAGGAGCAAAUGGCGAUAUGAGUUAUUAUGAUUUAAAGCAAGUCCUAUACAGCCAAACUAAUUCUAGGCAGAUAAUUUCUGAUUUAAAUCAAUUCGAAACUACAUUAGCAGGCUUAUUUUUUUCAAAAUAUACCAAAAUUUUAAGAAUCCGCUCAGAAUCAAUAAAAUCUUUAAAUCUUUUAGAGCUCUGUCAGCUUUAUGAACAAAUAGAAAAACUGUCUUCAGCCUGAAAAAAUUUCUCAAAUCAGCAGUCAAAUUCUGCUUUAGCUAGUUUUCUCCAGCAUGAAAAAGACUAUCCCUAUAUAAAUAAUCUGGCCAUUUUACAAUACUUCUCUUUAUAAUAUAAUAAAUAUUAUAAUUAACUAUAUAUUUCUGCGUUCCAUGAGAAAAAAAUUGGUGAGCUUUCAGCUUUAUUAGAAGGCGAAACCUGGGCCAAAGUCGACGUCCCUGAAGACAUGCUCCAAAUUAUUAUGUCCCACCGGUCAGAAUCAGCAAGAAUUGGAGGUAUGAGACUAGAAACCCCAGACUUCUCAGCGACAGCUUGCUUACUGAUGUUUUACAAAAUCAUUUAUGAGUACGUCAAAAUGUGUGAAGAACUUCAAAUCCCUAACGAAAUCGGAAGCAGGAUGGUCGAAAUGCUUAAGUUUUACAACUCAAAGACCUUCCACCUCAUAGCAUCUGCAGGAGCAACCCAAUUUCGGCUUAAAAAAAUCACUUCCAAGCAUCUUGGGUUAUCUGUACAAGGGAUUACUUUUAUUUUAGAAGAACUCCCAUAUAUAGAAAUGAGACUUUCCAGCAAAAUUAAAGACUAUGACACCUUAUUAUCCCCUGAAAUCCAGUCUGCCAAAGAUGACUAUAACGCCCAUCUUAAAGAAGUCUACAAUAAAAUCACCCGAAUUAUUACAGAAAGGGUCACUAAAAAGUGCCAAGAAGCCACAAAAGACGCCAAAUGGGAAAUGAUGAUAUCCCCUAACCAAACAGACAAAGAUUACUAUAUAAACCAAAUAAUAUCUGACGUGUCUUCUAUGAACAGCAUUUUAUGCACAGUUUUGAAUGCUUCACAAAUGCAGAUAGUCUUUGGGCAGAUUUUUAGCUCGAUACAGGAAUCAUUGAUAAAUUUGUAUGGGUCGAUUGUGAUUGAUUCGUAUACACCGGCACAGAGGGUGAAAAAUGAUAUGCAGAAACUUGUGAUGAGCUUGAGGGAAAAGCUGGGAUCGAGCAGCAUACAGGAAUUUAUUGAAGAUUUGGAAGAAAGGCUGCAGAAGUUUGUGGCUGAUAAGUGCCAGGCUUAUUUGAAUGUGUAG